AUGCCGGAAACCGAUGAGAACAAUGUCCCCAUUGACCAAGCACCCCCGGGGUAUUCAACUCCGCUGCCGGCCGCUAGGCACACUCGACCGCCUGUGAACACUAGGAAAACUCCUGAAACUCCCAAGGAAGAUAUCUUCCACACCUUGCAGAAUAUGUUCACCCCAGAGCAACUCAGAAGCGCAGCGGAAGUGUUUCAUGCAAUGGCAAGCGGAACUCCACCGACCGGUCCCCGGCCAAAGCGACCCUUGAGCAGAGCCCACAGUCCAGUGAGAAAACUUCGUACUCCAUGGACGGGCCGCCAAGGUGAGCGAGACCGGCAUGACCAGGAUCAGGUGGCGCAUUCGAAGACCCCCACAGAGCAGGUGGGGAAUGAGGAGGAAGAAGAGGAGGAGGCGCAGGAUACUGAGGUUCAGCAGCAUUCCUCCCAGCCGAGAAGCCGAAGUGAAUACCGGCGUAGAGCGCAGUUGUCAUUACGGAAUUCCCCCUUUUCCACUGCAAUUCUACAGGAGCCCAUGGAAAAACUGAAAAUGCCGACAUGUAAGUAUGACGGUAAGACGGACCCAGAGGAUCACCUCUCGGCUUAUGAAGGCCAUAUGAUGUUGUACACUGAUACUGACUCAGUAUGGUGUAAGGUGUUCCCAUCCACCUUAACCGGGUUGGGGCAGACCUGGUUUAAAAGCAUUCCGCCGGCAACUGUGUUCGAUUUCCGACAACUGACAUCCAUGUUCGUGACACACUUUGUCAGCAAUAAGCGUCGCGAACGAACAACCGGCGAGUUAAUGUCUAUUAAACAAGGGGAGACUGAAAGCUUGAGGGUUUAUGUCGGGCGUUUCAAUGCCGAAGCCGUCACCAUCCCAACACUGCAGCAGGAAGUAGCAGUACUGGCCCUAAUGACGGGGCUGAAAGAAGGCACCCCAUUUCGCAGUUAUCUCGGCAGAAAAAAGAUGACAUGCCUAACAGAAGUCCUGGGAAAGGCUAAUGACUUCAUUAGGGGGGAAGAGUUUGACAAGGCAGCUAACGCAAAAAGGCCAGUGGCCAUAGAAAAAGACAAAGAGAAAGACAAAGAUAAGGAUCGCCGGGACGACAAAUACCGGAAGGAUAAAAAAUCGGAGUCAACUGGCAGAAAAGAGGAAAGUAACUUUGUGAAAAAGGGGUUCGAAGGGAGGCCAGAUAAAUACAACAAUUAUACUCCUCUAACAAUAUCCUGGGCCCGGAUUUUUGAACUUCAUAGUAAGGACGAUAAGUGGCAAAGGCCGCGAAAAAUGUACUAUAAGGGUAGGGAUAAGUCCAAGUGGUGCGAACUUCAUGAUGAUUACGGCCACAAAACAGACGAUUGUAAGGACCUUAAGGACGGGAUUGAAGACCUCGUUAGGCGAGGCUACUUUACCCAGUACCUAUCAAGUAACGAUCGCAAGACUCCUCCAAGGGAGGACGACAAUGGCAACAGAAGGCCGGUAAAGGACAGGAUCACUGAGAUCCACAUCAUCAGCGGAGGACCAACUAGAGGCGGUAGCAUUCACGGGGCGAAAGCCAGCCUCAAAGAAGUCCGUCACCAGGUGAACUAUAACAACGCCAGAAAAUGGCCGGCACCCCCAUCUAUGCCGUCUGUAGCUUUUACCUCAGAGGACGCUAAGGGAAUCGUCUAUCCUCACGACGACCCUUUGGUAGUAUCUCUGCAAAUUUCCAAUGCGAUGGUUCACCGUGUUCUAGUAUACGGAGGAAGCUCCGCCAAUAUCCUCUACAAAGAGACAUUUGAAAAAAUGGGAUUUGACGAAACAUGUCUGAAACCAGUCUCUUACCCGGUUAUCGGCUUCACAGGAGCAUCUGUUGUCCCGAAGGGACGGUAA